AUGGAAGAAUUGGCUCGAAUGUACAUCAAAGAGAUUGUCAGAUUGCAUGGCGUGCCUUCAACCAUUAUAUCUGACAGAGAUCCUCGUUUCACAUCAAGAUGGUCAAUUAGAAAGGAUUAUCCAGACCUUGGAGGAUAUGCUAAGGGCUUGUGUUUUGGACCAUCCGGCAAGGUGGGAUCGAGCUUGUUAGGGCCUAAGAUGAUAGCUGAAACUACUGAGCAGAUAAAGAAGAUUCGUAGCCGAAUGCUUAUAGCCCAAAGCCGUCAAAAAUGUUAUGCUGAUCAAAGGCGAAAGGCCUUGGAAUUUGAAGAAGGAGAGCAUGUAUUUCUGAAAGUUACACCAACCACUGGAAUGGGAAGAGUUAUUAAGACUAAGAAACUGAAUUCCCGUUAUAUUAGACCGUUUGAGAUCCUAAAAAGAAUUGGGGCAGUGGCUUAUAGAAUUGCCUUAGUGCUAUAUCUUUCGAACCUGCACGAUGUGUUUCAUGUAUCACAACUUCGGAAAUAUGCUCCUGAUACAAGUCAUGUUCUAGAACCGGAACCGAUUCAAGUGAGAGAAGACCUAACACUUAUAUUACUUCUAGUGAGAAUUGAUGACACUAGUGUUAAAUGA